AUGAUACACGUCCUUCACAUUCGUUUCACUCUGUGCACACCUCUUUCCCUAUGCAUUCAUGAGCAGACGUCUUCGCUAGAGCAACUACUUGCAACACUGCAACGCGUGUUUAGUGCUUCUCCGCCUGUGUACGCACGACCCCCCGCGCAGGCUGCAACGGCGAACUCGCACAACAAGCCCAGCUAUGGGUACGGCCAAUAUACCAACAACUCUACCAGUGCACACGUGCAGCCGCACGCACAGGCAGGAGGGUAUCUUACCCGUGUGCAGACCCAGCCACCCUUGCCUCCCAAACCUGGAGCGCCCCCCAGACUCAAGCCAAAGCCUGGGCAACAGGGACCCCACGGGGAGGUGGGCAAUGGGGAUGGUAGCAGUAUGGACACGAGUAUGAAUGGCAGUAGGAAUGCUCUGAGGGGUGUGAAUACCUUCUCCAUGGGCAGUGGAGUGGGACAGUCAUGGCAGCAGCCCGCCCAGGCACAGGUGACCCCACCGCACCCCACACACCCACAGCAAGCACAGGCGCAGCGACAGUAUACACAGGCGCGGCGACAGUAUACACAGGCGAGCAGCGAUAGCAUGUACAGUAUAAGUGCGCGUGGGGAUACCUACAACGCACACGCGUACAGUACAAGCCAGCUGCCGAUGAUGCACGCGCAUUCAGAGAGAGACCUACGCCCAACAAUCGGGUCACCUCAGUCUCACCCCCCGUCGGGUGGCACACAACCGCAGUCACCAAUGGCAAGUGGCCAGUUUGGUGUAGCAGACAGCACACACGCACUACAACAGCCCCAGGGCUACCAGCACCACAGGCAACCUCAGGAAUACCCGUCUCAGCAGCAGCAGUAUCAUCAACAUCAACCACCACCACCACAGAGUGGCCAGAAUCAGAAUGGGACACCAUCGCACACAUCUGCGUUUGAUGAACUGAUGGGACUUGAUUUGAGUCUGUCGGCGCCUUCGCCACUAAGUGGUGCUGUUGCGGGAGGAGAACCCAGUGCCAAUGGAGUGGUGCCACUCGCCUCAACAUCUCAGCAGCUAGUAGCCGGAUCAUCGCUGGCAUCGGGUCACCCUCCAGCUCAACCCCACAGUGCAACGGCAACGGUUGCUAAUAGUACCGCUGCGGUGUCAGUGGCAAAGAUGAACACUGAGGCGCAUCUGGUCAAUGACUCUCUGCUGGAUAUGGAUAUAACGCCUAAUGCUGGGCCGCAGGGCCCGGAUCAGCAGCGACUGCGGCGUAUGAGAGCAACUAAGAAGCUGGAGUCGGCAUCCGGACCUUCAUAUUUGGUUCCAACGCUCUAUCUGUGUCCUACGAUUCCGGAAUAUGACGUGCCUACCGGACUUGACCAUGUACUCAUAGAGCAUACGGUAGUGUGGGCAGCACUUACGCUAAACGCCCCAGUCAAUUGUGACCUAGGACAUGGCUAAGUCUUGAACUUACACAUUGCCUGUUUCCGUAUUGCGGGGCAUGACCCUCUAGAAGAAAAGUAGAAAUAAAAUAAAAAACAAUAUAAGGGAUCG